AUGGUUCUAAUUCUCAAUGAUACUGCUCUGCCUCACCCGGAUGAGAUGCUUAUUUCUCACCUCCUUCAGCAUUUCAAGGUGGUCCAUCGAAGUGUUGUUCAAGGCAACAUGGCCAAUAUGGACAACCCUCUUGAGUACCAUACCUGUAUCAUGGAGGCCACAGAAGUCUUGCUAUCCAUCCCCAAUCUUACCCUCUCGUUUGGGUCUGAAUUGUUUGCGAUGUAUCUGGAUUUAUUUGCACUCUGGCUAUCCUUCCUCGAGGAUGAUAUGUCUGAACACCUUACUCCAGCUGCAAUCUCCUUGAUGGAGUUCAUGACUCAAGACAGUUCAACGACAUAUCCCUUGCUACUCAAUAGAUCAUUUUGCUUUCCCAUGUUAUGGUCAUCCAUGCUUUUUUUCCCACAUAAUUGUUCAGCCACUGCCACCUGCCCCUCUCACCCCACGACCACCUGCUUGCCCUCCUCACCCUCUGCCUCUCGCCCCUACCAACAGCCUUCAAGGACACCGAAUGACGCCAAACACGGAGCACCGCCUGCCUCUCACCUUCCGCCACCACCAUCCCCUCCUCUCGCCCCUCCGACACCAUCUGGAGGGGUCCAGAUGAUGGCGGUUGUGAAAGAGGAAGGGGCCCAGCAAAUUUUGCAAGUGUUUGUCCCACACCCCUGGGGGCCAUCCCACUGGUGCACAAACUGCCCCGAACUGCGACGCUCGGGGUUGUUCAGGGUCCUACUCACCCUGCCACCCCCCUCGCCCUCCUCACCCUCCGCCACCCCUUCUCGCCAUCCAACACCCCCAGGGGCUGUCCAACAACGCCCCUGGUGCAUGAAUGGCCCCGAACUGCGACGUUCGGGGACAUUCAGGGCAGCCAUGUAA